AUGCUUACCUCGAUCUACCGCUUCCGCUUCCUUGCUCUCCUCUUCUGCAUCGUAUUCCCUCUCUACCUCGCCAUCCGUGGCUCCGCAUUGCUGUCUGACAUAACAAUUCUCCUUUUCUCCCUCUCCGAGCGCGCCUCAGCCCUUCACAUCAAGCUCGCCUCCCCGCCUGACGCCCCUCCGGCGUCGAUCUCGACAGAAGCCUUCACGGCUUCUGCCGACCCCGCCAAAUCCGUGCACGUACCCGGAGGCGGGAGAAGGAAGAAGGAAGAAGACUGCUCACUUCCAGAUGGAUUGGCGCACUGCAUUAACUCCUUCGAGCAAUAUCCGUUCCUCGCCGAGCAAGUGCUCCAGAGAAAACAUGCGCGGUAUUCCAGGCAGGCGCCCGUACAGAAGGCGAUGAGCGACAAGCUUGGCUAUCCUGCCCAUUUUGACAAGGCUAGGAAAGGAAUCGAGGUCAACUCUCGACUUGCGGCAAAAAUCGCGCAGAUUGCGAGGGAGGAUUACCACACCAACCAGGGGCCGCUGGAGGCCAGAGAAGACGCCGAGUUUGGAGUUGCAGACCUGGCAUUUGGACAUCUCUCGCGAGACUGGAGCACGCAAGGGGCAAAAGAGAGGCAGGCCGUGUUUCCGCCUAUUAUAGAUGGGCUUGACAGACAUUUUGGCGGAAACGGGAGAGGGAACAAGGUGCUUGUACCUGGAAGCGGCACGGGCAGGUUGGCAAGCGAUAUCGCUGAUCUCGGGUACGAUGUAACGGCCAACGAGCUAGACUACGGCUCUAUACUGACCUACCGUGUAUUGACAAACCACACGAUCUCGCUGCACCAGCACACCCUUCAGCCCUUCGUGACCAAAUGGACGCAUCAGGCCAACCCCUCCUCGCGCUACUCCGCCCUCACAGUGCCGGAUCACUGGCCAAACACAGCCGUCAAGCUCGUCGAGGGCGACUUUUUAGACAUGUUCCCCCAGGACGCCGAGUUCGACGCCGUCGUGACGCUGUUCUUCAUCGAUAUGUCCGAGAACGUGAUUGACUUCCUGAGCAGCAUACAUCGGCUGCUGAAGCCUGGCGGGGUGUGGAUCAACCUUGGGCCGCUGAAAUGGGGCACCUACGCCGCUCUGCAGCUCUCGGCGGAGGAAGUGCUCCAACUAGCAGAUCUUCUCGGGUUCGACGUGGACCAUGCAUCAAGGAAGAACAUCGACAGUCUAUAUGCCGAGCAGCCAGAGACUUUGCUGAAGUUCACUUACGUUACUCAGUUCUGGUCCGCGACGAAGAGGGUGUGA